CAUCGCGAGAGUUCGGCGAGAAAACAGACUGUCAAGCUUUCCUAACAUUACUUUUGAUUUUCCUUUCUAUGUUGCUUUACUUCGGACUUUCAAGACUACGACAGAGAGCAUUACGCAGGACUAUCUGCAGUGGGGCCGACGACAUGCCGAAGGGCAAGUUUUACUUUGCUGUGAGGAAAGGCUUCAAACCAGGAGUGUACAGCACAUGGGAUGAAUGUAAGGGCCAGGUGGACAAAUUCCCCGCCGCCUGUUUCAAGAAGUUUGCAUCAGAGAAAGAUGCCUGGGCGUUCUUCAGAGGAGUCGACCCCUCUCCAGUUCCACAGGUGAAGAAAGUUCCUCAGAGCCUGGACUCGGCCCUCUCUCUGCUCCCUAAAAGAGGUCCGGAGCCUCGGGAGUACAUCGCUCUCGGGAAGAAGAGAAGUCACUCGGCCGAGGACGCACAGACACGUCCCAAACGCGUAAAACCGUCAGAAGGCUCGUCUUCAGUCAGCUCUGACGGAUUCACAUACAAGGGCGAUGCUGUUGUUGUUUACACCGACGGCGGCUGCACAAGAAACGGACAGAAAGGAGCAAAAGCUGGCAUCGGAGUUUACUGGGGCCCCAACCACCCACUGUGAGAACACACACACACACACACACACACACACACACACACACACACACAGUGUGUGUGUCGUCUGGUGUGUGUGUGUGUGUCGUCUGGUGUGUGUGUGACGUCUGGUGUGUGUUGUGCUGCAGGUGUGACCAGCUGGGUGAAGACCUGGAAGGUGAACGGCUGGAGGCUGAAGACUGGAGGUCCGAUCACAAACAAAGAGGACUUCAUGAAGCUGGACGAACUGAACGCGGAGGUGGAGGUGGUCUGGUUGCAUGUCCCGGGUCACUCGGGCAUCAGAGGGAACGAGGAGGCGGACAGGCUGUCGAGGGAAGGAGCUCUGAAGCCUCUCCCCAAGAAGCAGCAGUAGCUCGGAGAAAGACACUUUUAUUUAGAAGAGAUUUGCUGCAGGACAGUUUGGCCUCUUUCUCUACAGGAGAGGACGAGUUUCUGUUAAAUGUUCAUUUUAAUUAUUUGUUUUUGCUCUAAAUAAAGCUUAUUCCACAUCUG